AUGCCGUCUCAUGUCCAUAUCGCGUCGAGGAAUAUCUUUUUCGCAGCUGGCGGGCCUACGCGCAAUUUGAGCGACGCAUCAGCCAAGCGUCUAGUCCGCAAAAAGACGGAUGUCGCUCUUUGUGGUCGCAUCGCCGGGAUAAGGCAACGCUUAGCUUACGCCCAGACUCGCCGCGAGAUGUUACUACCGUACAAGACGCCGGAAUAG